UAAAAACGAGAUUCCGCAAACAGUUAUUUUUACAAGUAUAUAUACAACCAUGGCAAUAGCAUAUUGGUCAUUGACUUCAUCAACUCUUUGCAGGACGAUGAGUACUCCUCCAGUUGUUGAGCGCGUUUCAGAAUGCUUCAUCAAGCCGCAGCACUCCAACCAUGAAUCAAACCAAAUCUGCUACUUAACACCUUGGGAUAUUGCUAUGUUGUCUGCUCACUAUAUCCAAAAGGGCCUUCUCUUCAAGAAGCCCUCAUCACCACUUGUUAGUCACAAUAAUUUCAUAGAGAACCUGUUGGAGAAGCUCAAGCACUCUCUUUCUCUCACCCUCUUCCAUUUCUAUCCUUUGGCUGGUCGCCUUGUCACCCACCAAACCCAUGACCCUCCCUUCUAUGCUGUUUUCGUUGAUUGCAACAACAGUGAUGGAGCCAGAUUCAUCCAUGCAACUUUAGAUAUGACCAUAUCUGAUAUCCUCUCUCCCGUUGACGUUCCACCCAUUGUUCAAUCAUUGUUUGACCACCACAAAGCUGUCAACCAUGACGGUCACACAAUGCCGUUGUUGUCCGUCCAAGUCACUGAAUUUGUGGAUGGUGUUUUCAUAGGUUGUUCCAUGAACCACACUCUUGGUGAUGGCACUUCUUAUUGGAAUUUCUUCAACACAUGGUCUCAGAUCUUUCAAGUUCAAGGCCAUGAACAUGAUGUUCCCAUUUCGCACCCACCCAUUCACAAUCGCUGGUUUCCAGAGGGUUGCGGUCCAUUAAUCAACCUUCCCUUCAAACAUCACGACGAUUUUAUAAACAGAUAUGAAACACCGUUGCUGAGAGAGAGAAUCUUCCACUUCUCAGCAGAGUCUAUUGCAAAACUGAAAGCAAAGGCUAACUCGGAGUGCAACACAACCAAAAUCUCAUCGUUCCAAUCAUUAUCGGCACUUGUUUGGAGAUGCAUAACUCGUGCGCGGCGCUUGCCGUAUGAUCAAAGAACAAGUUGCAAGUUGUCCGCAAACAACAGAACAAGAAUGGAACCACCACUGCCUCAGGAGUACUUUGGAAACUCAAUUUAUACACUGAAUGCAGGAACCGCCACCUCAGGGAAAUUGCUUGAGAAUGGUAUAGGUUGGGCAGCAUGGAAGUUGCACAAAUCGGUUGUAAACCAUAACGACAGAGCGGUGUUGGAAACGCUCAAAGAGUGGUUAGAGAGUCCUCUGAUAUAUGAUCUUGGUCGUUAUUUUGACCCGUACUGUGUGAUGAUGGGUAGCUCGCCCAGGUUCAACAUGUAUGGGAAUGAGUUUGGAAUGGGAAAGGCAGUUGCACUUAGAAGUGGGUAUGCCAACAAAUUUGAUGGAAAAGUAACAUCAUACCCAGGCCAUGAAGGAGGAGGAAGCGUAGAUUUGGAAGUGUGUCUUUCGCCAGCUGUAAUGAGUGCACUGGAAUCGGACGAGGAGUUCAUGAAUAUUGCUCUAGUUUCUGUUUACAAUCCUCUCUAGUCAUUAUUCACUGUUACUUCCAUCGCCCCCAUAAUAAUCAUUUGUCCUAGAAUAAUCCGUUAUCUUUAAUUAGUAUUAUUUUAAAAUACAUCAUGUUAAUGUGUUUUAUGUAUUGUGAAUUCAUAUAUCAUAUAAUAACAACACGUGAUUUAUUUUGUCAG